AUGCAGGUCGACCACAUCCUGAGCUUUUUUGAAAAGGCCGACGUGUGCCUGGAGCGGGCCACGGCCCAGAAGCUCCUGUGCGCGGUUGACAAGGAAGACCACGACGGAUACUUGCAGGAGCUGGACGUCCAGAAACUGCUCGAGGCGCUCUGUAUCAUCGCCCACACAAUACAGACGGGCGGCGACUCUGGUGCCGCCGAGGCCCUAGGAGGGGACGGGGGCCGCCGCGCCGAGCUGAUCCGCCUGGGCGUCUCGGCCGCCUUCCGAGGCACGUUCCGGGCGGACGGGUACGACCAGAUCACGACGGGGAUGUUCAGCGAGAGGAAGGGUAUUGCCUCGAGCGACAUGAAGAGCUUCUUCGCCUCCCUCGGUCUCACCAUGGACGCCGAUCGCCUGGCCAAGGUCAUCAGCCUCUUCGACCAGGACUGCAACGGCCUUGUGGAGUUCGACGAAUUCAAAAGGCUCUUCGACAUCAGCAUGAAGGAUUGGCACGACUUCGUCAAGUCUCUCGCCAAGGGUGCCAGCGACAUGCCGUCGAACCUGACCGACACAGAGCUGCGCCGUGAGUUCGUGAAGAUCGACAGGGACAGUAAUGGAAGCAUUGAUGUGGAUGAGCUGGAUGCCUGCUUCAAGUCCAAGGGCAUCCACAUCAGCCGCGCCGAGAUCCAGACGGUGAUGCAGCUCGCGGACACCGACGGGAACAACAGCAUGGAGUGGCCCGAGUUCAAGCGCAUGUUCACCAUAAUUUCCGCGGCAACGAAUUCCACCCUGUGA